UCUCAGCUUAGGUUCCCGCAGGCCUCGGGGCCGCGGGGACCUGGCUGCACGUUCCCUGCCGGAGCUCUGCGGCACGGGCCGCUGGGACGUUGGUGGGGUUGCGCUGCGGGGCGGGAGCGGUGACUUUCCACCUCCUAAGCCCGCCUCGGGUCGCGAUGUCGUCCGGGACCGGGUCUCGGCGACCGCGGGAGCCGCCGGAACACGAGCUGCAGCGGCGGCGGGAGCAGAAACGGCGGCGGCACGACGCGCAGCAGCUGCAGCAGCUCAAGCACCUGGAGUCCUUUUACGAGAAACCUCCUCCUGGGUUUAUAAAGGAGGACGAGACGAAGCCAGAAGACUGUAUACCAGAUGUGCCUGGCAAUGAACACGCCAGGGAGUUUCUGGCUCAUGCUCCAACUAAAGGGCUGUGGAUGCCCCUGGGGAGAGAGGUCAAAGUUAUGCAGUGUUGGCGUUGCAAACGGUAUGGCCAUCGAACAGGCGACAAAGAAUGCCCUUUCUUUAUCAAAGGCAACCAGAAGUUAGAACAGUUCCGAGUUGCACAUGAAGAUCCCAUGUAUGACAUCAUUCGAGAGAAUAAAAGACAUGAAAAGGAUGUAAGAAAAUAUAACACCUUACUACACACCUAAAAUGCUCUGGAAUCAUAUUGGACUCUACACUCUCUAGAUUGCACAGCUCUUGCCCCUUCCCUCUAUUGGGCUAGGGCUGCACGACUGCUCCUGGUCCCAAAUCCAAAGGUCUCCACCCGCUGCAGCCGCGCCACCUGGGCCAGCAGUGCCUGCACUCACCCGUUACGCGAAUAGACUCCAGCAUCGUCCCGCCAGGGCCAAGGCCCGGGCCGGCGGGCCGCACCGACGAAAACUCCCGUAAGGCAGCUCGAGACCAGAUCGGGCAGGACUGGCUGCGCAAGGUGGAGGACCACGUCUGACCCAGAGGUUGGAAGGCGCUCUGCCGGUUCCACCUAGUCUCAGCGCUAAGAACCCGCCACGGUGACGUCGCUGCAACCCCGUUGCUAGGAGACGAUCCUGCCUUCUUCCCGCACUCCGCGCCACCAAACAUGCUCGCCGCUGGAGGCGCUCCUGCGACUGACACUCUGCUCAUAGGGAGAGAAGGGAAGCGAACUACAACUCCCAGCGUACACAGCGCGGACCCGUGCAAGUAGCUGGUCCGCAGAGGUUGGGGUGUUUGGGUGAGGAGGCCGGGAUCUGAUGAGGCUCAAGGGGCCUCAUUUCAUGAUGGCAGAGGGAAAUAGGAAUAGCGUAAUAAUUCUGAGUUUUAGUUGACCAGAGCAAAUUCGGACCCCUGACCUUUCAGCUAAUUUACAUGGUAUGAAAUAAAUAGGGCGAUUUUAGAAGAAAAAGAUGGCCAGGGAUGGUGGCACACUCCUGUUAUCCAAACACUUGAGAUGUGUAGCAAAGAUGAUCAGGGGUUCAAGACCAUCAUUGCCACAGUGAAUUUUGAGACCAUCUUGACUAUACAAGAAUGU